AUGCCUUCCGAAAGUAAAACCUACGUUUUGACCGGCGGCUUCUCGGGCAUCGGCCUCGCGAUCCUCACUCACCUCCUCACCCCGAAACACCCAGACACCCCACCACCCACAAUCCACGUCCUCGACCUCGCCUCCACACCCCCAACCCUCCCCGCCACCCUCUCAACCUCGACCAUCCACUUCUACCCGAGCACCAACGUCACCUCCCGAGCAGGAAUAAGCGCCAUCUUCGACCGCAUCUUCUCCCAGUCCCCUCAGAUCGACGGACUGAUCAACAGCGCAGGGAUCUGCCCCCCGCCUACGAUCGGCGGAAUUGAGAGCGAUGAGCUCUUUGAUCGGGUGCUGGAUGUGAAUUUGAGGGGUACGUGGAUUGUGGGGACGGAGUUUCUGAAGCACGUCUUAAACAAAGACGCGGCGGCAGCAGGUGGGAAGACCGAGGCCGCAGGCAGAGGGGGUGUUCAUGCCCGCGCCGCGAUUGUGAAUAUCGCGUCCACGGCGGCGAUCUCGCCCCCGCCAGGGAUGGUCGCGUACGCGACGAGUAAAUAUGCGGUGCUAGGGUUGACCAAGGCGUGGGCGAAGGAGUAUACGCCGCGUGGGGUGCGGGUGAAUUGUGUGGCGCCGGGGGGGCACACGGACGCCAGCGCGCCGAUGGGCCGGUUGGCGGCGCCGGAGGAGAUUGCCAGUGUGGUGGGGUUUUUGUUGGAGGGCGGAGCGGGGUUUGUGAGUGGGCAGAUGGUGGUGGUCGAUGGGGGAUAUUAUUUGUGA